AUGUUUCAUUGCCCAUUGAGGAUAAAAGAAAAUUUAUUGUACAAAAAUACAGAUCCGUUACAUAACAAAUAUAAUAGUAGUAAAUCCCACACGUACAUAGACGUUGGUACUUACAUCGGACUUGAUUACGUAGUUGGUACGCUGACUGGAUAUUUAUCUACUGAUGUAGUGAAUAUUGCUGGCGUUAGUAUUCAAAAUCAAACAUUCACAGAAGCGAUAACAUCGGAUCCGAUUUUUACCUUUCUGGCAUACGAUGGAAUCUUAGGAAUGGGUUAUCCCGAGAUAUCUACAAAAGGUGUGCCUCCCGUUUUCACCAGCAUGAUUGAACAAGGGCUAGUGUUGGCACCUAUUUUUAGUUUUUAUCUAAAUCGGCAUGUAUAUCUCUUUAUACAUUAUUAUGAUAGUGAACUGAUAUUGGGUGGUUCCGAUCCUAUUUAUUGCAACACCGAAUUCACUUACGUUAAUGUAACCCACAAAGGAUACUGGAAAUUUGCCAUGGAUAAGAUUAAAAUGGAACACGUGGUUUUAUGUGCGGAUGGCUGUGAAGCUAUCGCCCACACUGGUUUUCCGGGAUUAUCUGGACCAGCAGCAGAUAUCGAAUUUAUUAACAACCAAAUAGAUGUAUUAAAACGAAUUGGAAUUCCUCAUUAUGGCGGAGAAAUACUUGUGGACUGCAAUCAUAUUUCUGAGCUGCCCAAUGUUACUUUCUUUCUGAGUGGUAAACCAUUCAUACUCACUGCACAAGAUUACAUCAAUACCAGAAUGGUAAAUAUAAUUGAAUCGAAUAAAACUAUGGCAUGUACAAGCAGUUUCGUAGAUUCCACGGAAUAUUUGGAUGUUGAGAAUACUUGGAUUUUAGGUACUCCAUUUCUUAAUCAGUUUUAUACUGAGUUUGACAUGGAGAACAACCGAGUGGGAUUUGCGCAUGCAAAAUAUUUGAAUUACACAUACUCCCAAUCAUAA